AUGGGCCGCCAUUUCCCCAACGUCAACCGUGUUCCAGCCGGUGAGCCCAACAUCAACGAUGCGCCUCGCAAGGUUUACAUCGCCUCCCGCUUCGUCGGCGGCAAGCUCGGUGCUUGGACUCUGGGACUCAUUGCCGACAUCAUCAGCAGCGGCCACUAUCUUGGUUCGAUGCCCAGCCCCAACUACCACUGGUGCGUGCUGGUUGGUGACUACUACCAUCAGCUUCAAGCCACCAAGCAGGAUGGCAAGCACUGGAACUGGUACGACAACAACGUCAAGGACUGGACCGACAAGUGGGAGCUGUAUGAGGUUGGCGAGACCAGGUUCAACGACAAUGCCAUUGCUUCGGCUGGCAUCGAAGCCAUCCAGGACAUGGACGAGGUCUACAAGCUGGUUGACAACAAUUGCCAAAAGUUCACGCUCAAGCUCCUCGACCUCAUCUGCGCCGAUGGCCGUAAGAAGGUGUACACCAGCUACUCUCGUCACAAGCUCAAGGCCGGCUUCAUCCCUGGCGAGCUGCUUGAUGAGAGUAAACCGGAAGAGAAGGUUGAGGUUGAGGUGGCCUUUGUUGAGGACGGUGUGGCACACAUCGAGCUCUUGGACAGGGCCUUUGAGCUCAUGGACGAGAAGACGCCAACGCUCGCCGAGGAUGAAACGGUCAAGGAGAUUGAAAAGGAGAAGGACGCCGAGAACAAAGAGUAA